UUCAUGUAAAAAAUAAAUUACUUAGAAAGAUUGGCAGAUUUAUGUCCAUAAAAUAUAAAAUGUAAAGAUGAUGAUUGUAAUUAAUUACAUCCUAGAUGCUUUGCGGGAGUUUGCAUUUUACAUUUAUAAAAAAAGGAAGAUAAUUGUAAUGGAUAUUUAUUACAUUUAACAAAUAAAGAUCUAAGAGGUUAUUUACGAUAAGAAAAAAUUAAUGGUGUGUAUUUUUUUAACCUUUGUAAAAAAUAGAAUGAUUGUGAGGAUUAGAAAAAUUGUAGGUAUUUACAUAGAAAAUGGGCUGUAGAUAUGUGUAUAGAUCAACUUAGUGAUGAAUGUUAGAAUAAAAAAGAGUGCAAAUUAAAUCAUGAUUUAGAUUGGAAAUAACUUAAAUAAAGAACAUAUUAAUUUUAUAAUUAAAAUGAAAUAAAUCCAGAAGAUAUUGAGAAUGGUAAAUAGCAUAAAUUGCCAAUAUCAGAUAUAUGCUUGGAAUAUUUAUGUGGGGAAUGCCAAUUUUAAAAAAGUUGUACUAAAAAUCAUAUUGAUUGGGAAUGUUUACUAAAUAAUAAGAAUUUUAAAGAAACGAGAAGGAGAUAAUGUUAUUUUGAUUUAUCAAUGUUAUCUGAUGUUCAAUAAUCUAAAUAGAUAAAUGAUGAAGUUUUUAAUUAAUAUAUUGAAAAGAUACAUAAUAUUUAAAUAAAAAAAUAGGUAAAGAAGGCAUAAGUCAUAGAUGUUUUAUUUAUUAUAGAUUGUACAGGGAGCAUGUAAAGAUGGUUAAAAUCUGCAAAAGAGAAUAUCCAUAAAAUAAUAAAAGAAUUCCAACAGAAUAUUGAUAAAAAGAAAAUUAUAGUGAGAACAGCAAUAGUUGCAUACAGAGAUUUUGAUGAUGAAGACAAUUUAUUAUAUAGAGAAUUUACAACGGAAUCUAAAGUAAUUGAAGAAUUUCUAGCAAAAUUAUAAGCUAAAGGAGGAGGAGAUGAUGCAGAGAAUGUUAUUGGAGCAUUAGAAAAAGGAAUUAGAUUAAAUAUUAGUAAGGAUUAAGAGAGUGUUUUAUGUUCAUUCUUAAUUUGUGAUAGUCCUAGUCAUGGUCCAUACCAUAAAGAUUUAAAAGAUGAUUAUUAUGAUAAAGUAUAAGCUGGUGAUUUAGAGAAAAUCAUGUAAAGAUACCAUGCUUUAAAAGCUAAAAAUUUCUUUACUUGUUUUAGAAUUUGUGAUAAGACAGAUAUAAUGUUUACAAAGAUGAAAACUGGGUUUCCAAGCUUAAUUAUUACAGAAACUACUCUAAAUAAUUUUUCUGAAUCUGUUCUUUUUUCUCUUAAGACCUCUUUGUAAAAUUCAUAAGCAAAGACUUCCAAAUAAAGUUAAAAUAUUAAAAUAAGAGCCAGAUUCAGUAAAACUAAACCUUUAGAACUUAAUAACUAUUUAUUAAAGGAUGAUAAUGUUGAUUAUUGGAAGAACUUUUUAGAAUAGUAAGAAUUAAAUAAGAUAGAAGGAGAAACUUAAUUGAUUAUUAAUAAUAAAUAAGAAGAUUUAUCAGAUAAUGAGAAAGGAUCGUAAUGCUAAAUUUUUAAAUUAUUUGAUAUUGUUCUUAAUAGAAAAUUAGUUCUAAAAUUGCCAAAUUUUGUUAUUUCAAAAUUUAAUUAAAAAUAGUAAUUAUCACCAAAAGAGUUAAAAGAUUAUGAAUCUUUCAUAAAUACUAGAUAUACUGCUUUGUUAAUAGCUUAGCAGCUAGCAGAAAGUUUUAGAAUGUAAACUUAAUCAAUUUAAGGGGCUCCACCAAUUUUUUAUGUUUCUCCAAUUAAAUAUGAAUUAGAAACAUCAUUUAUGGGUGUUAAUUAACUUUUCGCUGAAACGUACAUUGAUUUAGCAAAUUUUUCUGAGUGGAAAAAGUAUACAAAUAAUACCAUAUAUGCUGAUGAAAACGAAUAUUAUUAUACAGCAUUUUCUCAUUAUUCUUACUUAGCCACAAAUAAAAAACUUAUCAUCACAGAUUUAUAAGGUAAGAAUAAUAUUUUGAGUGAUCCAUGUAUUCAUUCAAAAGAUUAACAAAUAGUUUAAUUUAUUAAAGAUACUUCUAAUUUUGAAGAGACAGGAUUAAAAAACUUUUUUUGCUAAUAGCAUACUAAAUGUCAUGAAAUUUGUAAAAGACUAAAUCUGGACAUAUAAUCAGAAUCUCAAUAAAUUUCAGAAUCAUUCACUAAUGAAGAACAAAAAAAAAAUUAAAUUUGGUAAAAAUAACCUGACGAUAUAAUUAAUGUUAUUUGUUAAAUAUGUGGAGAAUUAAAAGAUGUGAGUUAUGAAGAUUAUUUUAAAGAAAAUUCUUGUAUUUGUGAGAAUUGUUUAGAAGACAAAGAUCCGAUUUCAUUAACUUGUAGUUGUUGCAGAAAAAAUUUCUAAUGUUUUUAUAACUAAUAAAUAAAAAUAGGAAUAAUAUAAGAAAUAUGUAAUUAAUGUAAAUAAAAUUGUAAGAAAGGGGAUUGGGAAUGUUGCUAUUGUUAAUGUUAAUGUAUUUAAAGAACUAUGACAGUUAAAAUAAAGGACAUUGGAAUAACAGUUUGUAAAGAAGGUAAAAGAUUUUUAAAUGCUCUUUAAUGUCAUUUUUGUCACAAUUUAUACGAUUUUGAAACUUAUAUAACUCCAGAAAAUUAUAAGAAAUCAUUUUAUUGUUGCCCUACAUGUGAGUAAAAAUGA